AUGGUUUCUCCCUCCCAGAAGCCUUCAGUGCGUAACAACAUGGCGGCGCCCGGACGGCACGUAGGGCAUUAUAUUCAAAGAAACAGCCGAUUUUUAAGAAAUGGUAUCGAGCAGCUAUGGAGUCACAGGAGUUUUGGUUGGACUCCAGCUCUGCGACAACAAGCUGCAGAAGCUAACAAAGAUUCUACAGAUGCGUUUCUCAUCCCCAGGAAGAAAACCUGGAGCAAGGAGGCAGUGCUGGAGGCUCUGGCGUCUACUGUCGGCAGGGAUCCCACAGCACACCCCUACCACUUCCAGGAUGACCCUUACCUCUCUCCUAGGACCUCCUCUGAGUUUAGGCUGUUCUCGCUCUCUCUAGAGUCUGGCAGGUCCGCGGCCAAAUACUUUGUCAACAGCAAUCCCAAGUUCUUCACCACAGACUUUGCUGAACCACACAUACCCUGUCUGAUGCCAGAGAGUGUGACGCCGCUCCUCGAGGAGACGAGUGAGGAGGCGCUCAAGGAACGAAUCAGCUUGAGGAAAGUUACAGCCGCUGUCGACAUGUACGACCAACUGUUGCAAUCUGGCACCGCGGUCUCCAUGGAAACGACCCAUGGGUUGUUAGACCUGAUCUGUCUCUACUGUGACAGAGACCCGGUCCAGGAGGGAGGACAGCAGGCUGAGGACGCGGAGGAGUCGGAAGAGGAGGUGAGGAGACGGAAAGGGAGGUUUCGUCGGACUUCCCACAUGCUGAGAUUCACCUGGAAGGAGAACUCCAACGCAGAGAGGAUCUUCAACCUGCUGCCCGAGCGAGACACGCGCUGCUUCUCAGCUCUGAUCAGGGGCAUGGUGAAGCACGGAGCCUCCGCAAAGGCCUACAGCAAGUACACCGACAUGCUGAACAACAGAGUGACAGCUGAUGUCCACAUCUUCAACGCUCUGGUGUCAGCCGCUCCAGACCUCCGAGACAAAUACAACGAGAGAUGGGAGCUUAUCACUGAGUUGUUGAACCAGAUGAAUCAGCAGAAAGUUCAGCCCAACCUUCUCACCUUCAACAGUGUUCUCAAAGCGCUGAGACGCUGCGGCUUUCUCGCCAAAACACAAGCUAUGUACAUUCUGAAUGAGAUGAAGGCCAUGGGAAUAGCUCCGAGUCUGGCCUCCUUCGACCACAUCCUGGCGGUCUUUUCCAAAGCAGCCUCCUCUGGCCAGGGCAGCACUGACAUUUUACAGGAAGUGAUGUCAGUGCUGGGAAAAAACAGCUUCAUCUGCCAGGACCCCAACGAUGUUCUAUUCUUCACCACUGCGAUGAGAAUAUGCCUGGAUAAUAAAGAUCUAGAGCUGGGUUAUAAGAUCCAGAGUCUAGUAGAACACGGGGAGAACUGGAGGCUUCUGGGAGAUUCCUACCAGCAGAGUAUUUAUUACGGUCGUUUCUUCAACCUGCUGUGUAUGAUGGAGCACAUUGACGUGGUGCUGAAGUGGUACAGGCGGCUCAUUCCCUCGUUGUACUACCCGAACCCUCAGGGACUGAAGGACCUGCUGCAGGCUCUGGACACAGACAGUCGCCUGGACAUGCUGCCCACCAUAUGGAAGGACAUCCGGUCUCUGGGUCACGAUAACAAAACCGAUCUGGUGGAGGAGCUGCUCGCCCUGAUGGCCAGGGACCGACACAGUCCAGAGGUUCAGGAGGCGUUCGCGGCGUGUGCCCUGGACGUGAAGAGUGCGUUCGGUGGGAACCGAGGGAAGAUCAGUCUGGAGUGGAGCAGCGCCUCCCUCUCGCACAUCACCUCCCUGCUGCUGCGAGCCAACAAGACCCCGCAGGCCUGGGAGAUGCUGCAGCUCUUCGAGUCCAAGAACAGAGUUCCCAACGACGGGCUGCUGGAUGACUUCCUGUCGGCGUGCUGCGGCGGCAGCUCCCCCCAAAAAGCGGUGGAGCUGGUCCAGAUGUCCGCAGCCUUCGGCCUGCCUGCAACAGCGAGACUGGCAAAGAGGACGCUGGCCGAGUUCCAAGUGACGGAGGAGCAAAGAGCGGUGUUAUCUGAACUGGAGGCGACAGGAGAGACCUCUGACUGAAGGAGACAAUCGUGGAUGAACAGCUAUGACGCCAAUCCACUGAUCCCAACAUGCUUCUGUUUCUAAAUCUGUGUAUUUAAAAAAAUCGACGUUACUUGAACAAGAGCUCAA